AUGGAGAGGGAGUUGGUGGAGUUAUUUGAUGAAGCGAAGAAAGCUGCAGAUGCUUCUCUCGAUGACGACGUGCCAUCUAGUGGACCGGAGGUGACUCGGUGUGUUGAUGCGUUGAAACAGCUCAGGAAGUUUAAAGUUACUAGUGAAAUUCUUGUUUCUACUCAGGUUGGGAAAAAACUUCGUCCCCUUGCAAAGCAUCCUAAGGAGAAAGUCCGAGCUGUGGCAUCUGACUUGCUUGAGAUGUGGAAAAAGAUAGUCAUAGAGGAGACUAUGAGAAAGAAAAAUGGAAGCAUUGAUGGUAAAAGUUCAUUGAAAGCUGAGGUAUCAAAAUCAGAGACUGUCAAAGUUGAGAAACUUCAAAAUACUAGUAUGGCAAAAGUUGAAAAGGUUUCGUCCUCUGAAAUUGUCAAAGUUGAGAAGAUGGGACAGGAUAAGACUGCCAAGGAUGAGAGGAUAUGCAAGGAGGAAAUGCAGACUUGCAGUGUGAAGAAACCAUCACAAGCACCUAUCGGUCUGCCAAAACUGAAGACACUGGUAAGAUGUAAUGAUGCUUUACGUGACAAAAUUCGUGAACUUCUUGCUGAGGCCUUGUCUAAAGUUGCCAAUGAGGCUGAUGAGGACAUUAGGGAUGAAGUAGAAGCAUGCGACCCAAUCCGAGUUGCUGUCUCGGUAGAAUCCAUGAUGUUUGAAAAGCUGGGUCGGUCAAAUGGAUCCCAAAAAUUGAAGUACAGGUCCAUAAUGUUCAACAUCAAGGACCAAAACAACCCAGAUUUGAGGAGAAAAGUUCUCCUUGGACUGGUCAAACCAGAGAGGCUUGUUACUAUGUCCCCUGAAGAAAUGGCAAGUGAACAACGGAAACGUGAGAAUAACCAAAUUAAAGAGAAAGCAUUGUUUGAUUGUGAGCGUGGUGGUCAAGCACAAGCCACAACCGAUCAGUUUAAGUGUGGUCGUUGUGGACAGCGCAAGUGCACUUACUAUCAGAUGCAGACCAGGAGUGCAGAUGAACCUAUGACAACAUAUGUAACAUGUGUGAACUGCAACAACCAUUGGAAAUUCUGCUAA